AUGUCCUUUGCUGCAGUGGGAUCAAGUUUGCGGAUCAGUGCAGGCGAAACACAAGCGUUGAAGUCUCUGCCGGUGGCAACACAAAUCACUGCAAAGAGGGCUCUACAGGGAUCCACCGCAGAUCUGGGAAGGCUGGUUGAUUAUAUUUCGAUGCUUAAUACCUCCCGUUAUUGUUGCUUGGCACCCAUCUUCCACGCGACGCUUGAUUCAAUUCAAGUACCAAACUACAUCAAUCCCAAGACUAUUCCUGCCAUCAUGCGUGCAAAGUGGUCUCUCAUGGGAUUAGUGAAAAUCUCCACGGUUACCCCUUCAACUUCUGAGGGCGAGGACGAUCCCGUGACAAAGUAUAUUGUGAGGAAGUGGGACGAAGUAUACCCGUGGAUGCGGUUCUUCGCUAGAAAUUGCCUCCCUCCUCCUUACGAUGUCUCAGUUACUCCUCCGCGCCCUGAUCUUUGCAAUGUGUUUGAUGCCGCAAAAUUGUGCAUCACUCCGCUCUCAUUAAUCUGCACCCAAUCGGAAGAAGGGCGUCAUUUGCUCCGUUCUUCUAUUUCUGUGCAGCACUUUGUUGCGCAGUUAUGGAUAUUGAUCGGAAACCUUCAGGGAGAUGUACUACAAGGAGAUCCUGGAAAUACAACGGACGGCCUUGUUUCCAUGCUCCGGGCGUCCUUUGCGCUAACAAACCAUGUUUGCGUAUCUGAAUCUGAAGAUCCAGACAAAAUCACUCUUCCGUUAUCGAGUUAUAUACAAGCUGCCGGAGGGGUGAAGCCCGUUGUUUUCACUCUUCUCAGAUACAUCCGUCGGAUUACCAGAGAUGCUGCUGCUGUAGAAGAACCUCGAUCGUGGACGACAGGCGAUCGGAGCAUAAAACAACUUCAUCUCUAUACUGUUAGUCUCCAUUAUUCCUUUGAGUUUAUCAAGGUUAUCAGUCGCCAAGACGUUUCAUGCCGCGCACAACUUAUCCGCCAAGGUUCAAUUCGCACGGUGGUGGAUGCGAUCGCUCAGAUAUUGCCCAAGAUCUUGGUGCAAGCAAACAAAGAAUUAGAUUUUCAUCCCCAGCUGGGACUCGCGGGUAGGCAGAACGUUCUGUGGUCAGGGUACGCGUACAUUGCAUCUGCUAUUCGCGAUGCAGAUGACGGGGUGGCAUGUGUAUGCCAGGCAAUCGAUGCUGGCCUCAUUCAAACGUUGGAGAAGGGGGUUGUUUGCCCGCCUCACGCCAAUCGUCGCGAUCACCCAACCCGUGGCCGCUUGGGUGACAUAGAGUUACUCUUUCUCCUCGCCACAUUCUUCAUGUAUCACAGGGUCGUUGAAUCAAUUUUCCGACACUGGUUUCGCAUGCAAAGUGCUCCUAUGGAAAAGCGAGAGAUACGCGACAAAGGGUUGGGGGUUGCUCUCGAACUCGUCCUGACAUCUACUAUCGAUGCUAUGGACCAUCGCAGUGUAGAACCUAUAAACUUCCACGAAUACAGGUGCAGUGGUCCAGGAUGUCCAAUGUGCACAUCCAAGUUUGCCAGCAAAAAGUGUCGGUGCGCAGGCUGCUUGGUAUCUAUCUAUUGCUCGGAGAAAUGCCAAAGGACCGCUUGGCACAAUGGACACAAGAAGUGGUGUCAAGUUCUAAGGUGCACCGUUGGGCCGUGGGGCUCACGCGAUAUCCGUAAGAGUCUUCAAGUCAUUGCAGGCUUCGAAACUAGUGAAAUCACGGGAAUGGCCAAAGAUGUAGAAUCACGCGUUCGUGAAGCACAGCAGCAGUUCCCUGCAUUCAGAGAUAAACUUGUGCUCAUGCUAGACAUGACUGUGUAUCCGCCGGAGGUCCACGUGCUCCCCGUGCACAAGCUUGAGCAGUUUCCUGGGGAUGACCCCAUAUGGCCAGAGAUCGCUGACGAGAUUCUCCAACGAAGCGACUCGCCACCGAAAGGAUAUAUGUUCUCGGUGGUUAAGGUCCACUUGGGGAAGUCGAAGUUUACGUUGUUCAGCCCGAGCACGGCGUUGCGUAUGGCAUUUGUGGAUCAGUACUUUUCGGAUGAUGAGGUAUCUGUUGAUGAAGAUGAAAUGAAUGAUUCAAAACCGUUAGGCAAUUAG